CAGGAGUGUGCAAAAAUCCCAAAUACGGAAAGAAAACCACAACAAAUAUUUCUUGUAGUGGCAGCGUUAACCUUAAAAGAAGUGAAAUCACAUCCGCCAGAGCAGCCAAGUGCAGUCAGAUUUACUCUUAGAAGGUUAUUUAUUAUUUUUCGUUACUGAUCUUUAUGAUAACUGGAUUCUUAGUUUUUUGUGCGCAUUACAUUGACUUUUAACCAAGUGUCCGAUUUUCGCAGGCAAAGGUCUGUCUUUGAGAGGAUGUACGUGGUUCCAAUUUUUUGACUGACAAAAUAGUGCAUUUCUAACAUAAUCGUUUCAUCAGCUGAUUGUUACACCCCAGGUUUAUAUUGGACCUCUAGACACUUAAGAUUUGCAGUUCAACCAGAGAUAAAAGCGAGAGCUGUGUAGUGCAGCCUCAGUAGUAUUUUUACUACUUGUUGUUGGAAAAAGAAAAAUUUCUCACGGGCACCUCAUCAGCAGAAGUUCAAAUUCCCAGGAAGCUUUAGGAGCUUUUAAGGACUUGCUCUUGCUCUUAGAACUGAAGAAGCUUCUCGGAUGAGAGGUGAAACAUCUUCAAGAAACUUAAAAAAGUCCAGAUACUUUUCUUUCCAAGCUCCUUAGAAUACGAUGAACUGGAUGACUGAGAACCUUCACAGACAUACUUUUCAGUACUUGUUUUUCAAGUUUAUCCAUGCCUAGUUAGGGAUAAAAGCAUUUCUUAAGCCAUCUAGAUUCUAGAUGGGAAAUAAUGUUGCACGCCCUUCCUUUCUUUGGUUAUGCAUCUUUGAGCAAGGCAAUUAAGUCCAUAUAGCUGCACAACAGGCUCCAAAAGAUCUGACAGCAGUCUUGUCCUUAAACUUACACUAAACCUCUCAUCCACAGUCACUUUUGUGUAGCUGCUGAAAAUGCUCUUACUGAAAGUGCAGUAUAUGUGAGAGGUUAUUUCCAUAUGCAUGCUUUGUUGUCGUGGCUUAAAACUCUUUUCUUCAGUUUCUUUAAAACAGAUUGAGUAGUGAAGAUAAACUCUGAAUUCUCUGGAAUGGCACUCAGCACGCCCAGGCGGCUGUAAAGAGCUGAAGGGACUGAAAAAAACUGCUCUAGAAUUUUUAAAGCUGUCUCAAAGGUGAACUUUUACUGCUGAGACUGUAAGUGGAAGGUCCCACCUUUACUAAUCAAAUAACUGCACAUUCCCCGCGCUCAUAAGUCUGUCAGAUGGCUUUAAAAGUUUGAGGCGGGUAAGGUAAGGAGAGGCCGCUGCUGUGUGUAACCAGGUGCUAUAACACAGGAGUUUUCCCCUAUUUGUGCACUAGUAUCAUAACUGUGUAAUAAAUAGGUGGUAACACACAUAACCGAAUUUGGUCAGUGCCCUCAUUUUGAGCAAAAAUUAAUGUCAAAACAGUAAUGCUCGCCUCGUUUGUGCUCUCACACAAACAUGCUGACAGUUCUCAGUUGCUGGCUCACUUCUUAACAAAGAGCCAUUGCUCAUAACAGAUGUGGUACCAGGCGUUAUUUUUGUUUCCAUUAAUUCGCUUCAACCUGGCGAGACAAUGGAUUUGAUUUUUUUUUUUUUUUUGUCUUGAUCUUGGGACAUCAUCAACACUUGUGAAAGCAAUAAAAGGUGCAAAAUAUUCAAAGAAAGCAAAGCAGAAAAUGCUACAUAGCCAGUAACUCGGGCAGGCAGAGGACUAAAAACACAGAGCGUGAGUUGAGAUAAAGUAAAGGAGCAUUUUGCUGCGUUAUUCUACCACCAACCGCCACAAUCAGCCAGCUGCUGUUUGAGCAGGAGAUGGAAGACUCCCCUUACGGCUCAGGAGAACCCAGACCUCUCCCUCCACCUUAUGAGGAGAAAAUCAUUUCUGCUGGAGACAGAAACAAAGAUGAGGGGCUCGACUUUCGCGAGUUCUCCAAGUACCUGAAAGACCAUGAGAAGCAAUUACGACUGACCUUCAAGAGCUUGGACAAAAACAAAGAUGGUCGUAUAGACAUUACAGAGAUCAGGCAGUCACUUGCUGAUCUGGGACUGGAAAUCAGCAAAGAGCAUGCAGAGAAAAUCCUUCAAAGUAUUGAUGUGGAUGGCACCAUGACUGUGGACUGGAAUGAAUGGCGAGAGCACUUCCUGUUUAACCCAGCAACCAGCCUGCAGGAGAUCGUCCGCUACUGGAAGCACACCACGGUUUUGGACAUUGGUGAUAGCCUCACCAUCCCAGAUGAGUUCACAGAGGAGGAGAAGACCACGGGUCUGUGGUGGAAGCAGCUGACUGCAGGAGCAGUGGCGGGUGCUGUGUCCCGUACAGGAACAGCCCCUCUGGACAGAAUGAAGGUCUUCAUGCAGGUGCAUGCUUCUAAAACCAACAAAAUCAGCCUGGUCAGCGGCUUUAAGCAAAUGCUAAAAGAAGGAGGGGUGACUUCUUUGUGGAGAGGAAAUGGUAUCAAUGUCAUGAAGAUCGCCCCCGAGACAGCCAUUAAAUUCAUGGCUUAUGAACAGUACAAGAAGCUGCUGUCCAGUGAACCGGGUAAGGUGAGGACCCACGAGAGGUUCAUGGCAGGAUCGUUGGCUGGAGCCACCGCACAAACUACCAUCUACCCCAUGGAGGUGAUGAAAACCCGUAUGACCCUGAGGAAAACCGGACAGUACUCGGGAAUGUUUGACUGUGCCAAGAAAGUCCUGAAGAAUGAGGGAGUGAAGGCGUUUUACAAGGGCUACAUUCCCAAUAUUCUGGGCAUUAUCCCCUACGCUGGGAUAGAUCUGGCAGUGUAUGAGAGCUUGAAGAACUUCUGGUUGUCCCACUAUGCCAAAGACACAGCCAAUCCAGGGGUUCUGGUGCUGCUGGGCUGCGGUACCAUUUCCAGCACCUGCGGCCAGCUGGCCAGCUAUCCCCUGGCUCUGAUCCGAACCCGCAUGCAAGCACAAGCUUCUGUUGAGGGCUCAGAGCAGCUGCCGAUGAAUCUGAUGGUGAAGAAGAUUAUGGAAAAGGAGGGCUUCUUUGGACUUUACCGUGGCAUCCUGCCCAAUUUCAUGAAGGUCAUACCAGCCGUCAGCAUUAGUUACGUGGUGUAUGAGUACAUGCGGUCUGGUCUGGGUAUUCAGAAGUAGGCAGCAGAGUCCUCUGUGACCACAUGUUUACGAGUGUAAGAAAAGGUGCACCCAACUUUUUUUAAAAUUUCAAAACACUCCCUCCUUUUUUCCAUAUGUUGUUUGCCCUUGUUUACCUGCAGUCCACUGAAGUCUGGACUCAAACAGCCGCAGAUGGAACCUUUGUAGAUGUGACCGUAGGCCUUUGCUCAUACAAAGAAAAUCCUGCAGCGCUAACGCAGGGCUGACAAUGAGUAAGAAGAUCUCUACAAAGUUUCCAAAUGUUGGUUGUGUUUACUGUGCACUCCUAGCUUUAUGUACUCCACCAAGAUCUACUUCAGAUCAGUUCAUCUCUGGCUUUGAAAACCAAGAACACUUAUCAGGGUAAUUUCUUUUUGGUUUAAUUGUUGAAUAGAAACGUUACUCUAAUAUUUAAUCAAAAAGUCCAAGAAGUCACCUGCUGCAAUUUUCUGUUUUUUUGUUUAUCUUCUUAUCAUCAAACAUAAUCCGACCAAGUCCCAUGUGUGGUGGGGAAACUGUUUCACAAAGAAAUCUGAAGAAACGAAAAGAAAACCAAGUGCAAUACUGUAUUUACACAUUGUGUGACAUCUGAGAGAAGUUUGACUUUUUAGUAAGGGGUUUCAUCUGAGGGUCAUUGGUUCAUUAAAAGGGUCUUUUUAUACGGGACAGAGAAGGAGAAUUGUGCCUUAUAUGAUUUUUUUUUCUCAGAUAUCUGCGGACUUCAACACCCCUGUUUUCUCUUGCCUUUCUUUCAAAUAUGUCUUUAUUAGGCGCUGGUGUUUAUGUGAAUAAAUUUGGAUACAAAGGUUAAAA